CUUUAACUCGUGCUUGAAACUCAGCUGACGCUUUGCAAGAGCAAAAGCAUUUCCAUAUUUAUAAGCAGCCGAGGCCAAGCACUUUGAGCUGAACUGAACAUUUUUUGUUGGGAAAUUGAGCUUUUCGACCUGCUGACGAUGUGCGCUUGAGUGGACUACUCUUUCGCUCUUCGAAACUUCGCCACUGGAGCCGAUAACGAUAGCGAUAACGAUAACGAUAACCGAGAGCGUCAGCAUAUUACUGUCGGUUGCUCAGCGAGAAAGCAUUACAAAAUAAGGAGAGCAUCAACAUGUAUCCAGGCAGCGCCAGCAGCACCGCCGCCGCAGCGUCCAAAUUUCAGAAUCGAUGCGCCUCGCCACAAUUCGCCAGCUUUGCACCGCCGCCGCCGGCCGAUUACCCACCACCCACAUUGCAGCAGCAGCAGCAGCAUCAGCAUCAACAAUUGCAGACACAGACCACGGUGGCUGUGCACAGUGCACCCGGACACGGCUCCAUGCGCCACCUGCAGCGCAAUCAGCUAACUAUGAGCGGCCACGGCCACGGCCAUGGCAUGGCGCACGGCCACGGCCAUGGACACGGACACGGUCAUGGCCAUGGCGGGCUGGGCAUGGGCAUGGGCGGCCUUGGACAUGGGGCCGCCACGCUGGGCCAUCACCAUGGCCAUCGCGGCGAUCUAAUCUUUCCGGACGACAUGGACAGCAUUGAGUUCUGCAUGCCAGCGCCGCCCUCGUCCUCCUCAUCGUCGUCGCAGCAGAACGGAGAGAUGCUGCUGCUCCAGGGCGGACACGGCGAGCCCUUCACGGAGCGACGACGACGCGGACACAGUCGCCGCAGCAACCACAAAAUGGAUGUGGAGCAACAGGUCAAAUGGUCACGCAAGAACAUCGCUGCCACAAUGGAGCGCUUCGAGCCCACCGCCACGGCGCAGUCGUCGUCGUCCACCUCGUCGCUGGAUUAUGGCUUUGCCGCUGGCGUCAUGACGCCCGGCAGCAGCAGUGCCACGCCCUCGCACGGGGCUGGCUCAGCGGCCGGCAUGUCGUCCACGGCCUCGCUGCAUGUGGCCUACAAUGGAGGCGGUGGUGCCGGUGGUGCCGGAGGUGCAGCUGGUGUGGGUGGUGUGGGUGGCGCAAGUGCUGGAGCCAUGGGCGCCAGUGGCCCAGCUGGAGCGGCAGCUGCUGCGCCAUUCAAUCACGUCUACUCCUAUGCCUAUUACGAGCCCGGCGCCGCCAAAUGCCAUACGAACGUGCCCGCCCAGGGCCAGGGCAAUGGACAUCAUCACGCGCCGUCAAAGAGUCCGCCGCGCAACUCGAUCCGGGCGCUGCUGGCCAAGAGCUUCCGCUCGAAGUCAUCGUCGCACAGCGGCCAGUCCACAUCGUCGUCGCCCAGCGCCGAGGAGCGGGACAGGCACACGUAUACCACACGCUACGGCACCACCGAGAACCUGUACGAGGAGGUUAGCGAUCAGAAGAUACGCAAAGUGCUCUCCGACAAUCGCAUUGCCACGUCCAGUGCGGGCAACGUCAAGGAGGAGCUGCGUCGCGUCCAGCACAAUCAUUUCCGUGUGCUGGACGAGCUCAAUCUGUCGCUGGAGGCGCUCAUAAUGCCGCCCACGCCGCCCGACAUCAGCCCCAGCCACGGUGGCCCGGCCAGCGCCAGCUCCAACGAUGUGCAGCACGAGGCGCCAGCCACCAGCACCAGCUGCAGCAGCGGCAGUGGCAGCGGCAGUGGCAGUGGCAGUGGCAGCGGCAGCGGCGCCGUUGGCAACUCCUCCUCCUCGUCCUCCUCCGUGCAAGGCAAGAAUGUGCUGAGCACCGGGCAGCGGCCGCGUCGCGGCGGUCUGCUGGGCGGUGCCGCGGCCAGCGCCGCAUCCAACUCCAGCUCGGCCUCGCACGCCAGCCUCGAGAACUUGUCGAGCACGCUGAACAGCAUGGAGCUGAAGGAUCAUGCGCACAGCAGCUGCAUCAAUCCGGAGUUCGAUGAGGGCGACCUCGACAGCGGCUUCAGCGGCAGCGGCAGCAGCAGCGGCGCCAGCUACAAUGAGAGUUUGCGCUACUAUAAGACGGCCACGCCCACUAGCCAUAGCCAUAGCCAUAGUCACAGUCAUAGCCAUAGCCAUGGGCACAAUCCCACAAUGAUGAACCACAGCAACAGCAGCAGCAGCAACAGCAACAGCAACAACAACAGCAACUGCAACAGCAACAACAACAAUAACGGCAACAGCAGCACACUGCCGCACAACCUGCGCAGCUGCCGAUCCUCGACAGCGUCGGGCACCUCCACCUCGAAGAGCAGCAUGGCCAGCUGUGGCGAGGAUCAGGGCAUAGCCGGCAUGGGCAUGCCAAUGGGCAUGGGCAUGAAUAUGGGCAUGGGGAUGCCAAUGCCAAUGAACAUGGCCAUGGGCAUGGGCAUGCCCAUGAAUACGAGCCUGGCCAUGGGCAUGGGCGAGAUGACAGGCGGCAGCUCGAUGUCGCCAUUCAAUUAUCCGCGACGCUGCUCGGCGGAUCAGCAGCGGGCGUCGGGCCGUUCGAUUGCAUCCGCCACGGGCUCCGCAACGGGCGGCGCCAUCUCAGUGGCCACCGGCGCGAAACCCAAAAAGAACUUCUGGACCAUGAAACCGUGAUGCUACAAAAAGGCCCUGCGUCACAUAUGCAAGAAAUGGAGCAUUGUUAUGG